AUGGAAAAUAGUUCUUUUAUAAUUAUUGAUGCAACUGUGGAGUCUCAAGCACCUUUUUUCGCGCAAAAUCCCAUAUUUCAAAGAUGGUUACGUGCUUUUAAUAAUGUAGCUGAAGCAUUACAAUUUAUAUCACAAAUAAGAUUACCAUAUAGUAUAAAUGUAUAUUUAGCAAGAGAUAAUAUUCUUGAUGAUGGUCUACCAUCAGACAUAAAUGGUCAAACACGUACUCUUAUUCAAACUGUAAGCGAUUUAAGAACAAUUCGUCAUGUUGUCAUAUUUACUCCUAAAAUGAGUGCUGGUCUUGAGCAACAAAUUCGCGCCAUUACUCCCGAUCCAAGAGUCAUUAAACAAGUUAUAUCUGUGAUCGAUUUACACUUUUUUAUAUGUAAAGAAGGUAUAUGUUGUUUUCAAGAAGAAAUGUCUCGUUGUAUCGUUACAAAAGAAGCACAUCUUAUACCAAAUUUAAGUCGGAAUAGAGAUGAAUUAUGGGAAUAUUUGGAAAAAGUCAAAAAUGAUCGACAACAAAUACUAGAUGCUUUGGUAGAAGAACAUUAUAAUAGGCCCGGUGAAGAACCAGAAUAA